CUUACUUCCAAAAUUUCCUCUCUCUUUCUCUCUCUAACAUUAAUUCAUCAAAUAAUCAAAAGUUUGUAAUGGCUCCAAUGACUCUACCACCUGGAUUCAGAUUCCACCCUACAGAUGAAGAACUUGUUGCUUACUACUUAGAAAGAAAAAUAACAGGUAGAACUAUAGAGCUUGAUAUCAUUGCUGAAGUUGAUCUCUACAAAUGUGAACCUUGGGAUUUACCAGAAAAAUCAUUUCUUCCAAGCAAGGAUAUGGAGUGGUAUUUUUAUAGUCCAAGAGAUAGAAAGUAUCCAAAUGGGUCAAGGACUAAUAGAGCAACAAGAGGUGGUUAUUGGAAAGCAACUGGAAAAGAUAGGGCAGUGAACUCUCAAAAGAGACAAGUUGGAAUGAAGAAGACACUUGUUUAUUACAAAGGUAGAGCACCUCAUGGUAUUAGAACAAACUGGGUUAUGCAUGAAUAUCGCCUCAUGGAAUCACAUCCUGGUGCUUCUCUUUCAUCUUUAAAGGAUUCAUAUUCAUUGUGUCGAAUUUUCAAGAAGACAAUUGAAAUUCCAACAAAACUUAAAGAAAAUCAAGAACAAUUAGAGGACACAAAGAAGGAACAAGGGCAAGGUGAAGAUUCAAGUGGCACUGAAAUUUCAAGAGAAAUGGAAAAUAUGGAUCAUGAGAAAGUUCUUAAUAAUCAUGAACAUCCAAAAUUUCCAUGUGAUGCUUCUUCUUCUGAUGUCACUCAAGGAACAUACACACCAACAAAUACAUGUAAUAAUAUAACCGAUGAUUUUCAACCACAAUUUGCUUGUGAUGAAGCAAAUAGUGCAUCUAUUUCUUAUCCAAUGGGCAUAGGCUACCCCUCAAAUAUAUUUCAGGAUAUAGAAAUACCUAUGUAUGGUGGUUUCCAUAAUCAUAUUCCAGAAGCACCUUUUAUGAUGGAAGAUUUACCACAAAUAAACAUAAUGGAUACAAAGUCAACAUUAAUGAAGCCUGAAAUGAUAAUCACUGAUGACUGCAUUUUGUAUGACAGAUACAGAGAUUGUAUGAAUGGAACACUAGAAGAAAUAAUCUCUUUGUGUUCUUCUCAAGAUCAUUCUAUGGCUUUUCCAAUGCUAUAGAAUUAUAUUAUAUACUAACUCAAAUGCAUGACUCAAACUAUAUAGUAUAUGAUAAUAUUCAUUAACACACAAACUUGUGUUGGCUAAAAUAACCACACAAAUGGAGAUUGUUUAUUUUUCUUUCCAUCCACUUAGAAAGAGCUAAUACAUAGUAGAAUAUGCAUGCUGAGCCAAGGAGGCUGGCAUGCAAUAUUGCUUUUCACUUUUCCUUUUUUUUUGGUUUGUGUACUUUUUUUUUAUAGGGUUUUUCUUCUUUUAUUUGUUACAAUAUUAUUAUAUAAUGUUGUAUUUUUUUUGACAACAAACAUAAUCUUGUAUGUUGGUGUUCAGAUGUUUUGUAUGCUAUGGAAGCAAAUGGAUAUGGGGAAAUUUUACAGCUA